AAGCAGCUGUCAUCUAACAUAAAAGCACGCUUUUGGAAGCGGAAAAUCUUACAAAUCUAGAAGGAAUUAUUUUAGGAAGGACGAUUAGAGCUUGAAAAUUUCACAGAAAGUACUUUCAUAAAAUUUACUUUUGCUUCUUCAUAUAAAAUAAAUAAAAUCAAAAUUAAUUAUAAAACGUAAAAGUAUUUGAAAACAAAAAGCCCAUCACAUUAAAAUCGUCGCGGAACGCACGAGAAAUUAUCCGCAAUCAUUAUCCGCAGCAUUAAAAGAAAAGGAAAAGCACUUACAAUGCCAAGCGAUACCAUUGCUAAGGUACAAGAUUACAAAGACUCUCUAAUUAAAAAGGCAGAACAACUGAUUACACAGGGUUUCCCAAAGAAAAUAGUUCAGCUUAAUGAAUUGCUGGCUACGCCAAUGUUCUAUGAGCGUAAAUUUUCUGAUGUCCAUCAAGACCUGAACAUUCCAGUACCGGACCCUGUCUUGGUUAAUAACAACGAUGGCGGUGAUAUGGAUAAACCAUCAGCCAAGAGAGCACGUACAGAACCACCCUCGGUUUCUGGUGUUAAGGUUAUGUAUUUACCAACCGGCAGUGUACCCUGUAAUGCACCAUUAUGUGAGAUGAUAAAGAUCGUUAAACCCAUAAUACGCAAGCUGGUAGAGGAUUCGAAUUUUCUUAAAAUGUGGAUUUCCUUUAUGAUACCGAAAAUCGAAGAUGGCAAUAAUUUCGGAGUUUCAAUUCAGGAAGACACCCUGGCCGAAAUACAAACCGUUGAAACGGAAGCUGCUGCCUUUUUUGAUCAGAUAUCUCGUUAUUUUCUAUCGCGUGCCAAAGUCGUCUCAAAAGUCGCAAAAUAUCCCCACAUUGACGACUAUCGACGCGCCGUUGUCGAGUUAGAUGAAAAGGAAUACUUGAGUUUAUGGCUGGUAGUUUGCGAAGUUAGAAACCGAUAUUCAUCGUUGCAUGAUAUUGUCACCAAAAAUAUGGAAAAACUUAAAAAACCGCGUUCCUCCAAUGCUGAACAUCUUUAUUAAGGAGGAAGUCACUGCUCUUCUUUUAUUUAAUUGUGGAUUUACGUCUUAUAAUAUAUUUGAUAAAACAUUUUCUCUUCUAAUAUAGUUAAGGGCUUAUAUAUUUCCAUAAUUACACAAACAUACAUACACUCAUUAACACUUAAGUAUGAAGCCGCGUUAUUAACAGAUUGUUUAUUUUAUUAAACGCCGCUUAAAAUUAGUCAAAAAAUA